AUGUGGACGACUCGCACGGAAGCGAACCGGACACCCAGCCGGGGCGCCACGGACCUAAGCGGUCGCCGGACAAUCGCGGGCCUACCUGCACGCCCGAAGGUCGAGUCGGUGAAAAAAGCCCCGGCCGACGCGCCCACGCCGGCCCGUUCCCAGAAAGCGCACCGAAAUGAAGGAAUGCGCCGCGCUAAAGUCACAAACCUGUUCCACAAUAAUGAGGCGACCGAAAAAAAGUCGGAGAGACGUUGGAAAAAAAACACCGCCGCUCAGCUGAUUCGCCGAUCUGAGGCGCCCCUCUACCACGGAACCGCGCUUUCGGACGUGUCGCUCCGCUGUCGCUGGCUUUCGCGCGCCAAGCGAUUUUUUGCUAAGCAACAUUUGUCGGGAAAACUACUUGUUGAAUACACUUAUUUUAUACGAUCGAUUUGUGUACAAACGUUUCCUGAUAAAAAUACGCCC